AUGAACCCCAGCUUGGGUGCUUACGUUCCUGUCUUCCAUGGAAUGAUCCAAGAACACCUUCCGAAAUUUCUUGGAUCUCCGACAGUAAAACCCUAUCAGCACUUCUUCGAGCUUGUGGCGAUCCUGUCUGCGAGAAUCAUGCAUAGCGAUGAAGCAGCCCGAAAUCCCGCAUGGACCAACCUCUCAAUGUCAUUCGUACACACUGCAAUCGAAUACGGCUCGGCUCUCAAGCAGUGGCCUCCUUUCCUGCGUCCGUUCGUCGCCUACUUCCUACCGGAACGCCUAGAGAAGGAGAAACAAUGGGCCAAAGGGCGCGAAAUUGUCGCAAAUUCCAUUGCCAGGAAAAGUGCCUUGGGUGGUGCACCUCUGGAGAACCCUCCCACCAUGCUCGACCACCUGUCUAGCGGGGAACACGCAGAUAAGGCCGGUGACCUGGACCUACAACUCUUGCUGCAGAUGACUCUCGCCGUGGCGAGUAUCCACACAACCUCGUCUUCCAUGGUCCAAGUUUUAUACGAUCUUGCCGCAUGCCCUGAGUACACCGAAGAGCUUCGUCAGGAGGUUGUGGAGGUUUUGGAGAGUUCUGGUGGCAUCUUUACCAAGAAGUCACUUGCUGAGAUGAAGAAAAUUGACAGCUGGAUGAAGGAGAGUUUGAGAAUGAAUGCACCUGAUCUGACUACCUUCCAGCGCAUGGCCACGAAGCCUGUGACCCUAAAAGACGGGACUUACAUCCCUGCCGGUACCAAGAUGGAACUACCAACCAGCGCUAUCAACUUUGACGCUUCCAUCUACCCCGAUCCGCAUAAGUUCGAUGGCAUGCGGUCGUACCGUCAACGCCAGCAAGACGGGAUGGCACACAAGCACUCAUUUGUCAGCGUCACUCGUACGGAACUUGGUUGGGGUUUCGGCAGGCAUGCGUGCCCGGGCAGAUUCCUUUCCGAUGUCGAAAUUAAGCUCAUGUUUGCGGAGUUCCUUCUAAACUAUGAGAUCAAGAACUUAGAUGGACAACCCCGAUCCAAGAAUGUGGAAUUUGGAGUGAACGUGCUCCCAGAUCCGGAGCAUCAGGUUUUGAUUCGAGCACGGAAACUUUUCGACUUUCAUCUGUAUUAG